AUGAGCAACGACUACGAAUACCUCGGAGACAGUCAAAUGCCACCACCAAUAGCUCCACGUCCACCAACUGACGCUCCACCUGAACUCAUCACUGGCCUUCCACACACUCCAGCAUUGAAGGCGAACGAUGACGUUGAUUUGGAAUCGAAUCGUCCACGUGGAAACAACAAUUUGAGCUUCUCCGAUGGCUUGAAUCCAAAGAGAUCGGAACCAUCUGUAGCUACAACAAAGACGAGUCGAUCGUCAGAAAGUGAUGAAGAAUCGAAAAAGGAAACAAAAAAGGAGAAAGAAGAGAAGAAACCAGCGAAAUGUGGAACUUGUUGGUGUAUCUUUGCAGCUGUUACCAUCUUUCUUGCUGUUAUCUCUCUUCUUGGUCUCGGCGCUUUCUUGAUUAUGAAUAUGGAUGGGGAGGUUCCAAUAAGUGAAGCACUGAACGGAACCAACGAAACUUCUACUUCAAUGUCUUUCGAAACAACAACCACAGUGUCAGUCAUCAUUCCAAACAAGAUCAUACCACUGAAUACUUCAACCAUACUUCCUCUGGUAGAAUCCACAACUCCUUUGGUAAUGAAGACUGCUGAAAGCUCUGAAGAUGAAGCAACAACAAUUUCUUCUGAUGGAACAUCUACUGAAUCGAUUGAGACAACAACUAUUUCCGUAGAUACUCAAUCAAAAACUUCACUUGGUGUCCAUCCAGUCGAUACAUCAUCAUCAUCGUCAUCAUCUAAUCUCUCCACUUCCACUACUACAACUGAUCUGACUGCUUCGACGGAACCGACACUUGAAGAUGCUUUGCCAAUCGAAGACGACACUACACAGAGCAACGUCGCCGUUGAAGUUUCCACUCCUUCAUCUGCAAAGACCACACCAGUCUCGUCUGAUUCCGAGACUACUAAAGAUUUGAAUGAGCUCUCGACGACUGGCUCUCCCUCUGCUACACUCAACGUCACGAGUACAGAAGCUCCAACUGAUGAACUCGCUAUUCCUAACUAA